AACUUGUUAAAUUAAAAUAAAAUAAAUUUAAAAGAAAAUUAAUCAACAAUUUAAGUGGAGAAAAAAUCACAAUUAAGUUAACAUAUUUCAAGAGAAAAACUGUUUUCGGAAUAAUUAAUGUCGAUUAUUCUCUUCUCAAGAGUUGGAAUAUUGUUUUUUUUUCUGUUCUAUUGGUGUUCCAAUGGAAAAGAUAAUUGUUAGAGAAGAGAUUGGUUAAUCUGGUGAAUUAAUUUUCGUUUGGGAUUAGAUUGUUGUUUUAAUCUUCUUCUUUUUUUUGGUUUUUCUUUUACCUGGAUGUUUUUGUCUCUUUGCCCUCUUUGGAUGAACCAGAGAUCUAAGUGUUUGUACUAAGUGUCUUCUGGUCAACGUUUUCUCCUUUCAAUUAUUUUUCUUAUGGUUUUGUUAUUCUAAUCAUCUAAAGGGGUGAUAUUGUUACCUAUGUUUCUAUGGAAUUGCUGUUGUACAAAAUUCAAAUUACUUAUACCUUUUUGAUGGAUGAUGGUGUUAAUAUGAUGUCGAUAAUCAGUUGAUCGCCAUCUUUGAUCAACCAUUUACUGUUACCUUUUCCUUUUCUACGGUUCAAUUGUCUUUUAAUAUCUUAUAUCAUAUCCCCUCCCUUUCUCACAAGAUUAAUUUCUUGAGAGUCUCCAUGUUGUUUUCUACCUGGUUCACAAUAUUUACUUCCACCUACUGACUUAUCUAUGGUUUCUCAUCACCAUCAACAUUUACUUCUUCUUCUUCUGGUCACAUUUCCAUGAUGCUGAUGAUCAACUUGCUUAUAAUUUACCUGGAAAAUCAAUCGGUAAAAAUUCUGGUCUCAGCAAGAAAGGCAAACAAUAUAAACCUUUGGAAAUCCUAUUGACUAUUUACGUUCUCAUCUCUUGAUAUUUACUCUUACCUUUCACCUCUACCUUUGGCUCUAAUCUUGUAAAUCUAUUUCCAUGUUACUACUGAAACUCAUACUCAUCAAUGUUAACAAAAAAUUUCAUCAACUAAUUGCUCUAAUUUCAAGUCGAUUUGUGCUCAUAGUGAAAAGCAAACAAAUUAAAGGUUAGCACAAUUGAUUACGAAAGUUAUUAUUAUCGUAUUGGAAUACGAACUGUAGUAAAAUGUUAAGCGGUGGAAGAGAAAAAUUAACCAAAAGUGAGAAAACCCACCGAGCUCUGGUUAGAAUUGGACAAUCAAUUAAUCAAUCAAUUGAACGAUUUGCUCUGGUGGGUGAAACAAUUGGUGAUGAUAAUCCAGAGAUUAAGAUUGAUAUGGUUGAUUCAUGUAAAGAUGUACGAACAGCAGGUUGUAUUUUUGAGCAGUUAUGUGAUUUAACUGCUGAUUCUGGAGCUUACAAUUCACGUUGUUACUCUGAUCAACGAGGCCUUUUUCGUGGAGCUAGGAGUCUCUUAUCAUCUGUAACUCGGGUCCUUCUAAUUGCUGAUGCUGUUGUAGUUAAUCAACUUCUAUCACCUAAAGACAGAAUUUCAAUUAGUUUAAAUCGCUUGGAAAAUGUUGCCAAUUUCACUGAAUUUGUGAAAGCUUUUUGUCAAUUUGGCUAUGAGAUGGUUGAACUUGCUCACCUAAUUUCUGAUCGUUCAAAUACCUUGAAGGAUGAAAGACGAAGAGCAGAAAUGGGAUCAGCGCGUCGAUUCAUUGAUCGAUCAACGAUUCUACUAUUAACAUCAGCCAAAGCUUGUCUUCGUCAUCCUGAUUGUGAAAGUGCCAAAGAUAAUCGUGAUACUGUUUUGAUUGAAAUACGAAAAACAAUUGACAUAAUCCAUAAGAUAAUCAAAGAUGGAGUCUUACCAACUCUAAUACCAAAUUCAUUUGAUUCCUCUGGACAUUCAAGACGAUCUCAUGCCAGAUUACAUGGUCAUAUUUCACGUUAUUCAUCACUUCACUCACCACCACCAUCCUCAUCAUCAGGAUCUUCAUCAUCUAAUUGUCUAAUUGACAAUAUUAAUCCAAUUCCAACGACUUUUAAUGCAAUUAAACAAUUCGAGGAAUUGGUCGAGUUGAGUCGGGUUACCUUAUGUAAAGGUGUUUAUCGAGUUAGACUAAUAAGUGCCUUCGAUUACUUCGUUGAAUUAACUCAACAUUUUACUGAUUCUGCAUACACACGACAUGAUAAUCGAGAGAAAAUAUUACUCCACUGUGAUAAAGUUAAAAUUGAACUAAAUCAAUUAAUUAGACUGGGAAUUAUCCUCGAUGAAGCUGGAUCAACAAAUCCAAGUGAAGAUUUAGAGGAAGCCAUCGUUCAAACAAUUAAAGCCGUUAAUGAAGUUAAAUAUCAGUUAAGGAGAACUGCCUUGAAUCAAGCUGAUGAAUUAUUCAAAUUAACUGAUGAAUUAAGUUUGAUUAACCAUCUACGUAAUCAUUCAAUAUCUGGUGAUACCGAGAGACUUAAUGAUUAUUUUAAACUUUAUAAUGAACAUUGUGAUCAUGUUAAUGAGGUUUGCCGAUUACUUCACAAUGUUUCAUCCUCGGAAACUCUGGUAAUCUAUUCAAAAGCAACUGAGAUUCAUGUUAACAUUUUCAGUACUCAGAUUCUGAAUGCCUGUUUAACUUUAUCUAAUUAUCCUAAUUCUCGGAUUGCCAAGGAUAAUCUUGAAGUAUUUCUUGAUUUUUGGAUAACAUUGUACUCGGAUGUUCAUCAAUAUUCAAAAGAUAUAAGGGAUUUAUCAAGUGGAUUAGAAUCAUUGAGUUACUAUAAUGAUUCAACGAGGAUGACACCGUUAACAGGAUUAUCAUCAUCAUCAUCAUCAACAACAACAACAGCAACAACAACGACGACAACGACAUCAUCAUCAUUACAAUCGCACAAUAAUAAUAACAAUUGUCUCAAUAACAAUAGUAAUCAUGUUCAAUGGUCAUCAUCAGUCUCACCUAAAUCAGUUAAUUGCUCAUCACAAGUAGCCAUUCAGCAGCAGCAACACCAACAUCAACAACAACAACAGCAACAGCAACAAUUAGCAUCGUUGCAACAACAAUAUCAUCAACCUCAACAAUUACAACAGUCAACAUCACAAUUAACUAAUGGUCCAUUAUCAUCAUCAGCAACUCUUGUUAAUGGUAAACCAAGGGUUGGCUCAGGUGAUAAAAUUCAUAUAACAACAUCUGAAUUAAAGGUUAUAUCUAAUGGUGUUGAAAUUGAUCCAGAAAAAUGGUCAACAUCUGAUGAUAAUGAUGUGGUUCGCAGAGCUAAAGCCAUGGUGGGUAUGGCAAUUUCUAUGUAUCAAUUUACCUUUGGUGAAGGUGAACUGAAAACAACUCAGGAUUUAUUCACUCAAGCAGAAUUUGUUGCUGAAGAAGCAAAUAAAUUCUACAAGAUAGUUCGACAUUUUACUUAUCAGGUUCCUAGUGGAUUGGCUAAGAAGGAUUUACUUGAUCAAUUGGAUAAAGUACCAACGUUUGUGCAACAAUUACAAUUUACCGUUAAACAACCAACCGUUGGUAAAGCAGCAACUUUCACCAAAGUUGAUAAUGUGAUCAAGGAAUCAAAAAACUUAAUGAUUUAUGUUUGUUUAUCAGUUAAUAGUGCACUUGGAUGUGCAUCUAAGUAUAAUCUUGACAUGGGUGCUGCUCGAACUCGAUCUAGAACUUUAUCACCUUCGGGAAGAUAUGGAGAUGAUGACGGUGGAUAUGAAGGCCUAUCAUCGGGAAUGGGUUCCAAGGGUGGGACAGCCUCAUCCGAUCCGAACAUUUGACAAUUAGGGCUCGGCUCACGCCGGGCAAAACCAACGCAAUCCAGUGAAUCAAGAAGAACUCGGGUUUCGUUUUUACUCUUUUAGGGUCAAAAUCUUAAGGCGACUUUUCAAUUCUUAUGUUUAUCAGUUAAUUCACUUUAUUAUCUCUUAAUUUUGAUAGGAAUUCUCCCUUCCCUUGGUCAGGGUUUUAUCUUUACUUUGAUUAAUCUUAAUUUCUUGUUAUUAGACUUUUUCUAAAUUUAUUAUUCUUUUUUUUACCAUUUAA